AUGCUCUAGGAAGUGUUAAGAAACUUCAAGGAACUUCGAGCCAAAUUUCAAAAGCUUGAUGCGCCAUCUCUUCCAGGACCUGUUAAAUUCCCAGAAGGUGUUUCUCAAAAGGGUGACACUGGAAGCAGACAGUCCACAAAGACUUUGGCCAGUGGGAAACACCCCUCUUCCAACCACAGUGAGCCCCUACCCAAUUGUGCCAGUGGUGACUCCCAGACUCUUAAACCCCAGAAGGUGAAGUUGGCUCAGAAGAGCGAGACUCAGAAAUGUUCUAAUUCCCUGGAACCUCCUGGGGGUUCUUCUGGCUCUUCAGUAAAUUCACAGAAGGCUUCUCUGCUGUUAGAUGUGAAUCAGUCAAAUGCUGAGAUCACCAAUAAGAAGAAAGUAAUGGUGAACAACAGCUUCAGAAACAAGCUCUGGAACUGGGAGGUUUUAUCUCAGAAAAGUAAGAUGUCAUCAGUCUUUACCCCUGCCAGUUGUGGAAGCAGGGCCUUCCAUCUGCAAGAGCGGAAAAGCAUGGGGCUUACUCCAGAGGAGCCCAGGAAACAUAUGGAACGAAUAGGAGCCCAGACCCUUCCUUCCCAGAGGCUCUUGAUGGCCCAAAGAAGAUUGUGUGCCACCUCCGAAGAUCCCACUGUUCGACUUUCUCAAAAUAGCAGGAGGAGCCCAGCAAACCCCAGUCCUGAGAAGAGCCUGGCAGGGAGCACCAGCCACCCUGUCUAUGAUGGUGAGCUCACCAGCCAGGCCCCAGAGGACCAGCCAGAUGUCAGUCAUCCACAACUUCCCAAUACCAAGCCACUGCCUUCCGUCAAGUCCCUGGGUCCUCCCCCCGCAAAGCCACUGAGGCCCCCGGUCGUGAACCUCCAGGCUUUCCAGAGGCAGGCAGCUGCUCUUCCCAAGACCCACAGGGAAGCAGCUGGGGAGGAAGGCGACCAGCCUCCAGAGAGUGCUGAAUUUGAAGAACCACAUAAUUCCGAGGCAACAAUUUCCUGUCUGAGACACUCCAGCAACUCCAUUAACCUGUGCACCACAAAAGAGAUUGCUGAUUCAACUUAUGAAGUCAGAAUUGAAGAACUCCAAAAGAUGCAUUCCUGGAAAGGUGUGCAGAGAACAGUUUAUUUUUCUAAGUCAAAUUACACGUUCCCGCUGGCACGCACCGUAACUUCAGAAACGCCUGUUUUCUUUUCGAUUGAUCUUCAGUUACACUGGCAGCAGUUCAUGGAAUGUUCUGUCGUCAGCGUCUACCUUUGCUCUCCUUGGAAGAGUUUUCUCCGUCAAGGACUUAGCCUGAAACAGGAAGACGAAGAUAAAAAAAUGAAGGAAAAAGAGCCAUGCAGAUUGGAACCACGAAAAACAGAAAAGGAUCUAUGUUCAGACUAUGUUUCCAAGGUGGGUGCCUAUGAAGACACACCUAGAAAAACCCAGAUGGUGAAAGUCCACAGGGGUAGGAGGAGCACACUGGCCGGGAAGCAGGACACUGAGAUUGACGUCAUCCAGACAGAGGCCUGCCUCAAGGACCCCAAGCUGGCCAUACACUCCGAUGGCCACUGGGGGUAUGUGAAGGCCUUGGAGAUGACUAAAGAAACCCCAGGCCAAGGAGCCUUUAAACCAAAUUCCAUUUCCGAGACGUAUGAUGAUGUUGAGUACCCUGGGAGAGAGGGAGCAAAGUCAGAUUUCUCUAACUCAUUUGUCUCAGAUAAUGAAAAUAGUGAAGAAAUGUAUGAAGAGGUCUACAGAACAAACAGCAACUACCCAAAGAUAGAUUUAGAUGGAAAAGAAGCACUUAAAAGACUGCAGAGGUUCUUCAAGAAAGAAAAGGAUAGAUUUAAAAUGAAGAAAACCAAGUCAAAAGAAAAUAUAAGUGCAUUCUCCAUUUCGCUGCCUGACUUAGAACUUAGGUCUCAGGAAGUUAUUAUCUAUGAUGAUGUGGACAUAAAAGAAAAAAAGUCAAAUGACGAAGAUAAACUAAAGACUUGGAAGCCCAAGUUUUUGAUAUCAAAGGAAAAAAAAGAGAAAAAUGGUGCUAAAGAAUCAGAAAGCUUAUCUCCCAGGAAUUUCUUCAAAACCAAGAAGCAAAACUUAGAAAAGAACAGAAUGGAAAGAGAAGAAAAACGUUUUAGAGAAAGAUUCGAGUAUGACAAAGAAAUUACUGUCAAGAACACAGCAGUGGCAUGUUCCAAUAAUUCAAGAAAUGGAAUAUGUGACUUGCCAAUAACCCCUGGAGAAGAACUGGAAGUCAUUGAUACCACUGAAGAAAAUCUAGUGAUAUGUCGCAAUUCUAAAGGCAAAUAUGGAUAUGUGCUAAUUGAGCAUCUAGAUUUCAAGUAA